AUGUCCGAAUCCAGACGCGUCGUGGUAACUGGUGCGAGUGGUCUCCUAGGCCGCGCGGUAGUGGAGGCGUUCCGCGCGCGCGGCGACGACGUGACGGCGCUGGCACAUACCCGCGUGCGCGACGGCUUCACCCCGCUGGACCUGACGGAUACGAAGGCGGUCGAGGCGUUCUUUGAACGCCCAGUGGACGUGGUAGUGCAUUGUGCGGCGGAGCGGCGUCCGGACGUUGCCGAGGCGAACCCAGCCGCCGCCGAGGCAAUCAACGUCGCCGUACCCGCGGUCCUGGCUUCUCUGGCUGCCAAACACGGCUUCACGCUCCUCUACCUCUCGACCGACUACGUCUUCGACGGGCGCAAACCACCAUAUGAUGCCGAUAGCGAGACCCACCCGCUGCAGAUGUAUGGGAGGCAGAAACUCGCCGGCGAGCAGGCGAUCCGUGUGGCAGGGGCACGCGCGUGCGCCCUCCGCGUGCCGGUGCUCUAUGGGCGCACCGAGUUUAAUGCCGAGUCGGCGGUUAAUGUGUUGGUUGAUGUCGUCAAGGACCAGUCUGGCAAGAAAUACACUAUGGACGACUACCAGAUCCGUAACCCCACGUGUGUCGAGGAUGUCGCCCGUGUCCUCUUCGACCUCUCACGCACCCCCAACCUCCCCCCCAUUGCGCAAUAUCGCAGCACAGGCAAGCCCUACACCAAGUGGGACAUGACGAAGGUCAUCGCAGCCGCCCUCAACCUCCCGCUCGACCACAUAACGCCCUUCUCGACAAAGCCGACCAACGGCACCGAGCGGCCGUGGAACACUGAGCUCAGCAUCAAAUCGCUAGAGGAGGCUGGUAUCAGCACUGCCGAAGCCAAGACUUUUGAGGCCUGGUGGACAGAGUACCUCCAGUAG